CCGCUGGCAGGAUUAAAGUGUUAAGGCUGCCGUGACUUUCGUCGCCGAUCCGUGACGCAUUUCAACUUGAUCUUUCUGGAUGUCGAUUUCACUAUUAAAUCAGAAACUCCUCGGGCUCUCCGCUGCCCCUAGACCUACUGUAACUGACACCCGGGGCGGAGGGUCCGCAGUGCCGGGCUUUUGUUUGAAAAUUUAAAGGUGGGAGGGCUUUCUUUCUGCAAAGGUGGACCUGGAUGGAAGCCGAGCAUUUGGGGUCUCACCCAGCCCCACCCCUGGCCUCGGACUCCAGGGCCCCGCGGGAAGCCGAGAUCCCCCACGAGGUGAUUGAGAGGCUGGCGCACAGUCAGAUCCACAGCAUCCGGGACCUCCAGCGACUCCUGGAGAUAGACUCCGUAGGGCCCGAGGGUGCUCUGGAGGCGAGUCUGAGAGCCCACGGGGGCCACUCCUCCAAGCAUGCGCCCGAGAAGCGGCCCGUGCCCAUUCGGAGGAAGAGAAGCAUUGAGGAAGCCAUCCCCGCGGUCUGCAAGACCAGAACGGUCAUUUACGAGAUACCUCGGAGUCAGGUCGACCCCACGUCUGCCAACUUCCUGAUCUGGCCCCCGUGCGUGGAGGUGAAGCGCUGUGCGGGCUGCUGCAACACCAGCAGCGUCAAGUGCCAGCCUUCCCGCGUCCACCACCGGAGUGUCAAGGUGGCCAAGGUGGAGUACAUCAGGAAGAAGCCAAAGUUAAAGGAGGUACAGGUGCGGCUGGAGGAGCAUCUGGAGUGCACGUGCACGGCCACCGGCCCGACCCCGGACCACCGGGAGGAGGAGACAGGAAGGCGUAGGGAGUCAGGUAAAAAACGGAAAAGAAAAAGGUUAAAACCCACCUAACGCAGCCAACCAGAUGUGAGGUGAGAAUAAGCCAGCGGCCCUUUUCCGGGACACGGAUGUACAUGGCGUGUUACAUUCCUGAACCUACUAUGUGCGGUGCUUACUGCCAGUGUGUGGUCUUUGUCCUCCGUGAAAAACUGUCUCCACGCGCACUCUGGAGAACAAAGAGACAGUAUACGUUUGUUCAGUGCGACAUCAAAGCAAGUAUUGUAGCGCUCGGUGAAACAAUAGGAAGCCUCCUCGUCAAACAAAAAAGACAGAGAGCGAGCAAACAACCACGAAACAUGACAAACAAAACUGACUCACACAAAUAUCUACACAGUUGUCGGAAUGGAGGGACGCCCCGUGGGCCGGACGUGUUGCGCCUCGGUGGACUGGAUUUCUGUCCAGGGUGGUCACAGGUGCUUCUGCCGGGGACACAGCGCCUGCUUUCCGGAGGACUCCGGGCGGGCGCCGAGGGCCCUGUGGGGCACGCGGGAGCCAGGAGUGUCUCAGAACCGCCACGGGACUUAGAAACACAUCUCCUUGCCGUAGUGUUUAAGUCUAUACAGAAACCUUCCCGAGAGCCUUAAGUGGAUUUUUUUUUUACACCAUAAAGUGAUUAUUAAGCUUUCCUUUUUACUCUUUGGCUAGUGUUUUUGUUUUUGUUUUUGUUUUUGUUUUUUUAAAUGAUCUCUUGGAUGGCAUUGACACCUAUAACACCAGGCUGCUGUAAGUCAGGACAGUGGGACGGUAUUUCUCCUCGCAGGAUGCAAACAAACGAGAUGUAUUAAAAUAAAAUGGUAUACCCACCUAUGCAUCAUUUCCUAAAUGUUUCUGGCUUUACGUGUUUCUCCCCGGCCCCAUUUCAUCUUACUUUUUAAUUUAAGCCAUUUCGAGAGAACAGUUGCGUGAACCAAUCGAGUCCGUCCCGGCCUGCCGAUCCCGGGCUCCCCGCCCUGGCCGCCGCCAGGUCGCCCCUGUGCCAGUGUUUGGACAGAAUCUAAAUUCUUUAUUUUUGGGAAGAUGUUACGCUUUACAUGUAUUCAACGGAAAUGUGUGUGUGUGUUGUGUUUUUGUUUUGUAAAGGUGAAGUUUGUAUUUUUAUCUAAUAUUACCACUUUUAUAUACCUGA